AGAUCAGUGUCGCGAGGCACGCAACGGUGUCAACUUGGCGUGCAGCGCAAACCCCACAGUGUCCGUGCCGAUCCCCAGUCCAAUUCCAAAUCCAAGCCAAUACCCAAACCGCAACCGACCUCGAACCGGAGCCAGAAACAGAAGCAGAAUCAGAGUCUCCAUCAGAGCCAGGAGCAUAUCCAGACCCAUCUACAGGUCCCCGAAUCGAUCCCGUUUCUCUGCUGAGCUGAGGAAGCGACAACUCGCAUCGGGAAGAAUGCCGACCAUCACAGAGGAUUGCAUCGAUGGAUUCCAGCAGUAUUACUCGCGGCCGCCGGAACGUCCCAAGAAGAAGUCCCUGAAGCAGAUGAUCUACGACUCCACCGAUAACUCCUACUUCGGGCGCACCAUCGAAAGCUGGGCCAAGAUUGGAAUAUUCUAUGUGGCCUUCUAUGGAGUGCUCGGCGCCCUGGUGGCCAUCUGCAUGUGGGCCUUCUUCCAGACCCUUGAUCCUCGCAUCCCCAAAUGGACCUUGGACGAAUCAAUUAUCGGCACGAAUCCAGGUCUCGGUUUUCGUCCACUGCCGCCUAUGGAUAACGUGGAGAGCACCUUGAUCUGGUACAAGGGAACACAGCAUGAGAACUACAAACAUUGGACAGACUCCCUGGAUGACUUCCUGGCUGUUUACAAAGUCCCUGGGCUGACUCCUGGUCGCGGUCAGAAUAUCUACAACUGCGACUACAACCAGCCGCCGCCAAAGGGUCAGGUGUGCGAUGUGGACAUCAAGUCGUGGACUCCAUGCACAAAGGAGAACAACUACAGCUACCACAAGAGUGCCCCAUGCAUCUUCCUCAAGCUGAACAAGAUCUAUGGCUGGAUACCGGAGUACUACAAUGACUCCAGGGAUCUGCCCGAGUCAAUGCCACUCAGCCUCAAGACCUACAUUGGCGAGGUCGAAAAAACGCAGCCGCACAAGCUCAACACGAUCUGGGUGUCGUGCGAGGGCGAGAACCCUGCCGAUCAGGAGAACAUUGGAGCUGUCAACUACUUGCCCGUACGGGGCUUCCCCGGCUACUUCUAUCCCUACCAGAACUCCGAGGGAUACCUGAGUCCUCUGGUGGCUGUUCACUUCCAGCGCCCCAGGCGUGGCAUCAUCAUCAAUGUGGAGUGCAAGGCCUGGGCCCGCAACAUCAUCCACGAUCGCAAGGAGAGGAUCGGUUCGGUGCACUAUGAGCUGCUGAUUGACUAAUCUGGGAUCACUCAGAUAGAAUGUUGUGAACCAUUAAAUGUAGGCUUAGGAGUGUAGAGGAGCACAGAACGGCAAUCAAGAAUCCAUGACACCAAAUCUAUGAAAUCAAUUGCUAUUGAAUUAAUUGUGAAACAGUCCCACGCGAAACAAAAACAUUUUUUGGAUAAACUAUUUACUAAUGUGUAGUAAUCUUUACACGAUAUUUUGGAAUUUGAAAACUCAAUAGAUUAUCUCAAUCCUUCUGUCAAUCACAAGUAGAGUAAAUUCUUUAGAUAUCACAAAUGUACUAAAUUCGAAUCUCUUCUUAUACAGAAAAUACAUAGAUAUAUUUAGCGAGAAUGUAGUUUACCGCCUAAGAGAUGAAUUUAAUGAUUAUGAGCAAUUUUUUGCAUUACAAAAACAAAACGAUAAAGAGUUUCAUAAUAGUUUACAAAACUGAAUGCCGAAAUGGGAAAGAGAAUGGACAAACAAAUGGUAAACACCAUUAUUAUUACACAAAUAAUAAUAAUAAUUACAAAGGCUAGCCAAGUAUGAAUCUCAUUUAGCGCUGCUGUUCCCAAAACGAAUGCGACAAAUUUUUAAAUGAAAAUCAAAUUCAAACUGCCAUUUCAA